AUGACAUCAAUUCAACAAAAAGGUAUAUCUUCUGAACGUAUUAGUCAAUCAACAUCCGUCAAUGUUGAUGAUCUUGAAUGUUCUAUUUGUCGUGACCUACUUUGGAAACCUGUUGCUUGUCGAAAAUGUGAAACACCGUUUUGUUCAACAUGUAUGAAUCGAUGGCUUGCUAAUAGAACAAUAACAUGUCCGACUUGUUGUGAUACAUAUAUUGAACGCAAGUGUCCUCCAUUUGUUACUAAAGUACUCUCACAUUUACAGAUUAUUUGUUUUUAUCAAGCUAAUGGUUGUCAAGAAAUAUUACCGUAUGAAGCAUUAGAUAAACAUGAGAUUGAAUGCGGUUAUCAAUUUGCAAAGUGUCCUGGUUGUCAAUUGGAAAUGUUAAAGAAAGAUUUUCUUAAUCAUAAGAAAUCUUGUGAAUUAGUUCCAAUGACUUGUAAAGAUUGCAAACUUAUGUACAAAAGAAAUGAAGCUACUACGAAACAUACGGAAAAAAUAUGUUUACGAAAACAAUUAAAACGAUUAAAGCAUGAAUAUAAAGAGAGUAAGGGUGCAAUUCAGAAAUUAAAUAUAGAAUUAAGAGAAAUACGUCAUUUAUAUUCUUCUAUCAAACCAACUGUAAUCACAUUUGAAGAUUUACCAAGUGCUGCUAAAAAUUUAUUGCACAUGCCAAAUGUUUAUAAAGGAUUUCGAUGGACUAAAAUCUCGUAUAUGCAUGAAUUAUUAGCAAUUAAAAAAUAUUCAAAGAGUGGAUAUGUAUCAUCUUUCUUGCCUGGUGAUAGUUUACAUGUCGGUUUCUUCGGUGAAACUGCUACAAUCAGUAUUGAACCUCCAAAUGAAACAUUUUCUCUUAUUUCAAUUAUGGCAUGUGCUGCUUGGAACGAUGACCUAGAGUUAACUAUUACAGCAUAUCGAAAAUCAAUUGAAGUUAAUCAACAUAGUGUAAUUCUUCUUUUUGGUAGACCUCAACGUAUUAUGCUUCAAUGGAAAAAUAUAGACAAAGUUGUUUUCAAACCAUCUGGUGGCACUGCACAUCCAGGAUGUGAUGAAGGACCAGGAGCUCAUGUUUCACUAACUCAAUUGACAAUUGAUGAUCUUUCCUUGUCGAGUUCGAACUUCCUCACCUUUGACUAA